AGGUAUUAGUCCGGAGGGGCAGAUCUGCGAGCCACACAGCAGCUCCCGGGUCUACGGUACAUUAGCCUCUCCGUGGGAGAGGGAUCCCAGAGAGCUCUGCUGGGGACCCAGCCCAGGAGAUUUGUUAGCGGGCUGCUUCGGGGGAUACCAGCCACCUCCGGCACCCGAGCGCCAAAGGUGCCUGUGUUGCUGCUGCUGCUGCUGCUGGCGCAUUUCAUCCAAACUCCAGCCAGAGCGGGGGCAAGUUGAACCGGAGACAUUAGAGCCACUGUGCUUUGGAGAGACGAGGGCGCACGGGGAGCGCGGCAGCACCAUGCCUGCUAUCAAGAAGGAGCGACUUGACAGGGAAGAGAUGGCCCUGGCAGCUUUUAACCAGCCCAUGGAAACCUUACCUGACUAUCUCGCCCCUCUGGCCGCCGCUGCCAUUCCCGUGGUAACCCCGCACCCGCCGGCUUACGACCAGAUCUUUGCCCACCGCGCGUACCUGGGCUUCCACGAGACCCACCACCCCCACCCCCACCACCCCCACCACCCCCACCACCUCCCCGAGGACCUGAUGCUGGAGAGGUUUUCCUCCAUCCCGGAUUUCCAGCCCUUCUUUGACAACGGAGAGCCUUGCAUUGAGGUGGAGUGCGGGGAGAACAAGGCGCUGCUCUACAUCAGUAAGUUGUGCCAGGGGAGCAAAGGACCCUCUAUCCGGUACCGGGGAGAGUGGCUCACGCCCAACGAGUUCCAGUUCGUCAGCGGCAGGGAGACGGCCAAGGACUGGAAGCGCAGCAUCAGGCACAAAGGGAAAAGUUUGAAGACUCUUAUGUCCAAAGGAAUCUUACAGGUACAUCCUCCAAUCUGUGAUUGCCCUGGGUGUCGAAUUUCGUCUCCAGUGAACCGAGGUCGUCUCGCGGAGAAGAGGACCAUCCCCCUGCCUCCCACGAGGAUCCCGAAGAAAGAGCUGACCUCCAUUUUCUCACAUAGUGAUGACAGCGAAGAGAGUGACAAGGGCAAUGGUCAACAUCCUGAAGUGAAGCAGGAGGAGGAUCUCCAUAUCAGUAUCAUGAAAAGAAGGAUACACACCCACUGGGAUUUAAACAUCUCCUUCCGAGAGACCUCUUGCAGCCGUGAUAACGACCUCUCCACUAUCAUCUCCAACCUGCAUCAGAGCCGUCAGCUCGUUAUGCCAGAGACCCAGAGCCGCUGUGAAUUCAAGAGAAACAGCAUUGACGUUGGCUUAGGAGCAGCAGAUGAAAUUUUAGGCAAGAGAAGAGUAUGUUCUCCCAACAGCAGCAGUGAGUGUCCUUUAGAAAGCAAGAAAGCCCGAAGCGAGUCCCCGAAGGAGAACUCCCAUACGCCUCUGCUCGAGGACUCGGUGACUCAGAUGACCCCAGAGGAGCACUACAGACGCAUGAUGUCGGCACUGAACGAACACAGCACGUUUGAAGAGCAGCAGCAGCAGCGUCUCUACCAGCUGGCCAACAGCAUGGCAGUGCCCAGCCAUGGAGAUCUCCUCCGGGCGCGGCAGGAGGCGGCGGCGGCGGCGCGCAACCCCGGCGCGAUGGAAGCGCACAUCCCCUCGGCCAGCAACUCUUCGAGCCAGCGGAGGAAGCAGGGCCUUCCCCAGCACAGGGACACCCACUUCCCCGAGAGGGAGAUAUCUCACCCACCGCCCCUGCUUUCGCCUCAGAACGCGCCUCAUAUUGCUCUGGGGCCGCACUUGAGACCUCCUUUCCUUGGGGUGCCUUCAGCUCUGUGCCAGACGCCAGGUUAUGGGUUCCUACAGCCGGCACAAGCGGAGAUGUUUGCACGGCAGCAGGAGAUGCUACGAAAGCAAAACCUGGCAAGAUUGGAGAUGUCGGCUGAGAUCAUCCGCCAGAAGGAGCUGGAGAACCUGCACAGGCAAAGGCUGCUGGCCAGCGACCCGCUGAGCCUGCACCCGGGCUUGCCGCCGGACCACCCAGCCCUGCGCAACGUGCACGACAUCCCCGAGGGCCACGCGCUGCGGGAGGAGCUCUCCCGGAGGAACGCCAUGCUGGUGCUGCGGCACAACAACACGCCCCUGCUCUCCCUCAACGCCGGCGUCCCCAGCAGCGCCACGCCGCCCAAGGAGCAGCCUCGGCGGGGCAGCCGGAAAUCCGCGCACCACCGGGCCGAGCCGCAGGGGCUGAGCGAGGCCAAGGAGCUGGCGGAGCCCCGGGCGCGGGACGGGGCUCCGGACUGUAACGACGAGGAGAUGAAGGACUCUGAGAGCGACGCGGACGUGAGUGACGAGAAACCGGAGAGCCUGAAGGCUGAGAGCAGCAGCUCGGCCGCUGAGCUUAAGGAGUGCAAAGAGACAGGCAAAGUCUGCGAGGGGGCCAAGGAGCUGGGUGAAGUGGCUGCUGGCCAAAAUGCCCCCUGCAGCUCCUCAAGCGCCGAGUCCCCCAGCCACUUGCUUGGUCCAGGCAUCAACAAAAAUGAGGUGAAAUACCUCCCGCCAGCCUCCAUCCCGCCACCUCAGCCGCUGCCCUUCGGAUUCCCGUAUACGAUGAGCCCGUACUUCCAUGCAGGCACCAUGGGAGGUCUGUUUUUGGAUGGUGAGGAAAGCCCUGCGCUGGAAGACAUCAGCAAAUGGACAGUGGAGGACGUGUGUAGCUUUGUGUCCAACUUGUCUGGCUGCACCGAGUACACUCAGGUAUUCCGAGAGCAGGCUAUUGACGGUGAGACCCUGCCCCUUCUGACAGAAGAGCACUUACUGAACAACAUGGGGCUUAAACUGGGACCAGCACUGAAGAUAAGGUCACAGGUUGCCAAGAGGGUCGGCAGAGUUCUGUACAUGGCAGGCUUCCCCAUGGCUUUCCCACUGCAACCUCCUGGCUUGCGGCCACCGGAAAGGGACCUGCCCCCAGCUGAUCUCCGGCCAUCCUCCACGGGAAGCGUGGCCUCCCCUUUCAGCAGUGGCCUCCCCUCAGCCAGCCGCAUCUCACCAAAGCAGGAAAACGGAAACUCCUCCAUCAUUGCUGGGAUCAAUGAUACCACAAAACCUCCAUCUUAACUGCAGGACAGCUCUUAACUGCUUCUGGAACUGAUACUCAGUUGAGCAAACUGAAGGUAAAGCAUUUUGAGAGACCAGGAGAGCCUCCCUCAGCAGUGUGAGACAUAGAAGUGAGGAAGGGAGUGUUUUUUUUUUUGUUUGUUUGUUUUUUUUUUUUUUUUUUAGUUUUUUUUUUUGGGGGGGUGCAUUUGUUUUUUGUUUUUAAAAGAAGUUUUUUAAACUGUAAAAAGGGAAGGAAGGAAGAAAGGAAAACUAUCCAAAGAUGUAUUGAGACAACGCAAGUGAAGAGAAAGAAAGAAAAUGACUCUUGGAGGACAAUGGCAGCACUCAUUCCCUUCCACACCUCUCACCAGUCUGAGGUGGAGAGCUGCAGCCAGGGAAUGAACACUCUUCUUUGCCUUCAAAGGAACAUGGCUUUCAAGAACCUCUGGGUGUGACUUCAAACUGGAAGGGAAGGGAAAGGGACACUGCUCCUCCCAGUAGUACUCAGCACCCCUGAGCAAAACCAACCAACCAACCAACCCCAUGAAUAAUGAACCUAACAGCCCCUUCCUUCCCUGAUAUCACCUCCUCCCUGGAAACUGUACUCAGUUCCUCAUUCAGGUGUCUAUGCAUCUCUAGCAACUUUAAAAUAAUACCAAAGACAGACAAAAAAAAAAAAAAAAAAAAAAAAAAAAAAGAAAAAAGAAAAAAAAAAGGCAAGUUCCGGUCCAUGUUUACUUAAGUGUGGAUGGUACGGCACAGGUGGCUCAGUGCUGUCCCACGGGCUGGGGGCUGCCCUCUCCCCUGGCACGUUUGUCCCUUUCAGCGCACACAGAGACUGGACUGCCUACGCUCCAGCCCUGCAGAAGAUUUUUUUGGGUUAAAUAUUUUGUUUUAAAGAAAAAGAAAAAUGAGAAGUGUGUGCUUGGGCAGGAUGAAAGGUCACAGGUCUCCAGUGUGGCCCCCCUUUCUCCUGCAUGUGUACAAUGGACUUGUUUAUAUGGUUGGGUUUUUUGUUUGUUUGUAUAGUUGUUUUUUUUUUUGUUCUUUUAAAAGCCUUGUUACAGAGGUGGAUGUAGUUGCACAUUCUGGCCUGCUGUGGACCAUGAGACAGAUACCUGUGUGUGCCCGGGGGAGGGUGGGGGGAAGGAUGCUGGGGGGGAUUCAGGCUAUAAACAAUGGGUAGAGUUUUUACUACUGUGAAUGAGAUGGUAGCUCCUGGGGGUGACCUCCUGUGACUUGUACAGUUGUGAGCAACAAUCACAUGUGGUACUUUUUUUUCUCUCUCCCUCUCCCCUCCUUCUCUUUUUUUUGUUUAAACAAUGCACGUGCUACCGUUUUUUUUUUUUCUUACAAAAUAGCUUGGUGGUACAUUAGCUUCUUUAUAUUGUAAAAAAAAAAACAAAAAAACAAAAAAAAAAAACAAAGUCAUUAUCCAUCACAUCACGAUAAAAUGCUUUCCAGCAAUCAAUUUAAAUAAAAAAAGAAAAACACUUAA